ACAUUUAACCAGAAAAUUGUGGAGGGGCGCGAAGGGCCCGAUAAUCUUGCUGAGUUGUAGAUGAAGAAACAAAAACAAAGCACCAUGAUGAUAGGCAAAUAAUGGAAAGAAGAAAACCAAUUAUUAGUGCAAUAUUCUGAACAGACAGGCAAAGGCAUUUUCAAUUACAGUCCUUCCUGGGUGCAUUCCUUGCAUGCUUCUUCCAACAACCACAUAUGCUCUCCUCGUCGCCUUAUAGUUGAGGCCGAUCUUCUCUUUCGUUGCAUACAUUUCUUCUAAUUUUCGCCAAUAUUUGAAGAUCUGUGUUUUAGGUGACGCAUUGCUUCACAUAUCUGCUUAUUUGAAGUGGAUUUUCUUGCUUUACAAGGGCGGGAUUCGAUCCAGGGACGUGCAGAAGAUCUGCUGGUGUUUUGGCAAUAAGCUGGGUGAUAGUGAUUAAAAUUGAACUUGUGUAAGUGUGUUGCAUAGAUGGAAGAGCUUGGAUCCAGUUCUGUAGUGGCAAAAUCUAUGAAGGACGGAGGAUAUGCAGGAAACUAUGAAAAGGAAAACAUAGACCAUGAUGCAAAUACAAUUACAGGCAAUUCAAAGACAGAUGGGUCUGAGGAGAUUUUGGUACCUGUUAUUGAUGUCCAAGAGAGGGGAAAAGAAGCUACAGAUAUAAGAGUUACUCAAUUUGGUAUCACCGAUGAUGUAGAGUCACAUUCUGAGGUGACAAAGCAGUCCAAUAUAACAAUUGAAGAGCAGGAACAAUCUGAUAUAAAUUCUGAAUGGAAAAAUACACAUGGUACUAAGGAAAUUGGAUUGUCAUCCAAACAGUGUUCAAUACAAUCCAAAUUACAAAAGGCUGGCACUAGUGUUCCUGGAAAAGGGGUUAGUUCAUUAUCUCAAAUUCAAAAAUCAAAACAUCCUCAGAAUGUGGGUAGAACUGUAAAGGGUGGAGUAAAAGAUGUUGUGGAUACAAGUUGUAAGCAGAAAAAAUCUACACAAGAGAAAUCACCAAUUGAGGUACAUGGUUUGUCUGCUCCAGUUCUCUGCACGGUUAAUGAUGGAGGUUCACAAUCAAACCAUACUGUUCCACAACCAUUUUCUUUAUCUACUGGAAAGAGAGCUUCUACUGGUGGUACGUCAAGGCAAGCACACACAAAUAGUAUAUCUUUAUCGGCUACUAAAGAUGCACAGUUAGCUGCCAAGUACACCUUGACAUCUUCAACAAAAAAGCCUUCACAUUCUGUAAACUCAAAGUUGAACAGACAUGUUCUGAAGGACAUUCAACAAAAACAAUCAAAUGCUGAAGUUGAAGAAACUUGUUCUGUAGCUUCUUCUGUGAAUUCAGUGAAGGCUUAUAAAUCCAAGCUAGUAAGUUCUGCUUCUUCACAUGGGUUUGUUUCUAGGUGUGAUGAACGAGCUGAAAAGCGAAAAGAGUUUUUCUCAAAGUUAGAUGAAAAGCUCCAUGCAAGGGAAGAAGAAAUAAAUCAAUUGCAGGCCAAGACAAAGGAGGAGAAAGAAGCUGCCAUAAAGGAGCUUAGGAGGAGUUUAACAUUUAAAGCUACACCAAUGCCAAGUUUCUACCAUGAAGCAUCGCUGCCAAAAGUUGAGCUAAAGAAGAUACCUCCUACUCGUGCUAAAUCACCUAAGCUGGGGCGUAGAAAAAGCAGUUCAGGUGUGGAAUCUGAUGGAAAUCCUGUUAAGUUAUGUACAGCUGCUUCUGUUUUUGAGCAGAGUAAUAUCAAUAAGAGUUUACAGAAAGUUCAGAAUUCUGCAAAUUUAGAUAAGUCUUCUGACAAAGGCAGAGUGACUGGACAGAAAUCCAUGCACAAAUCAGUAACCAAAUUGCCCUCUGAGAAGCCUAUAAAAAUAAAGUCCAAGGCAAGACCUCAUAUUGCAGAAAGUGAUAUCUUAAACAUGCCAGAUGUUGAAUCUGCCAGUGGAUCUACUGAGAAUGGAAAGUUCGGUGUGAUCAGUGAGUCCCAUACUAGUUCUGUCAGUUCUAAUCAUGAUCAUAGACUGGAAGCUAAACAAUCGGAAACUGUUUUAGAGCUAAAGGAAUUUGACUUUUCCAGUACGCAGAAUGACAUUGCAGGAGAAGUCAUUGACGAUAACAUCCUGAGGGAAUCAGACUCUCUUAUUGAUAAUGUUGAAGAUCUUGAUCCAGGUUUGAUGGCCUUAGAUGAAAAAUUACAUGCUUGCUUUGUCGCAAACUGAAUGUAAAUAAAAAUUGUUUGAACUUCUAUGUUGCAAAAGAUGGACUUUACCAAGACUCCAGUUGUAUGGAAGUCGGUUAUUUAAGUUUUUCUCUUCAAAUCUCAUUUUAAGAGUUCCAGUAAGUCAGUAAGAAAGGCAUGAGGAUCACUAGCCAAGACUAGAUCAAAACAAUGCCAUAAUGUAUAUGCCGGAUCCAAAUUAGUGCUGAAUCGAUAGUACUAUCUUUAGUUUUGCCAUA